GUAGAUGCCUGCACUUUCAGCAGCAACCACAAGCUCCUGCGGUUUGGGUUUUCAUCCAUGUUUGGAUUUGGUGGAAGGACUCUUGCUCUUGCAGAAAAACAUCGCUGGAUGCCCUCCAGUCAGAGAAGAGAUUUUGCUGUUAUUAAAACACUCGCCAACUUAAAACCAGAAAUCUGUGAACUCUCGUUUUUACCUAUAAGCCAUCAUCAAUCCAGUUUUCACGAAGAGUACAAAAAGAAGAAAGAUGAGAGUUGUAUUGAGUCUGAGAGCAAGGAUCAAUGGCAGCACAUCCAG